GGGAGCGGAGCUGAGGAGCCGCCGCCCGGUCCGCCCGGUCCGCCCGUCAGUCCGUCCGUCCAGCCGUCGGUCCGUCUGCGCCGGAGCCCUCCGCUCAGCCCGAUCUGCGUGCAGCAAGGACAGCCCCAGAGGAUGGUGCCGAAGCUCAGCACGCUUAGCCCAGAGUGAAUGUGCGUGUGAUGUGCGGCAGGUCAGCAUGGCAGGGCACCCAGACGUGGAAGGCUUGGAGGAGAGCUUCCGAAAGUUUGCCGUCCAUGGAGACACCAAGGCCACGGGGCAGGAGAUGAACGGCAAGAACUGGGCCAAACUCUGUAAGGACUGCAAGGUUGCCGAUGGCAAGAAUGUCACAGGCACGGACGUUGACAUUGUCUUCUCUAAAGUCAAGGGGAAGACUGCCCGAGUCAUCAAUUAUGAGGAGUUUAAGAAGGCCCUGGAGGAGCUGGCUGCAAAGAGGUUUAAGGGCAAGGACAAGGAGGAGGCAUUCGAUGCCAUCUGCAAGCUGGUGGCGGGCAAAGAGCCGGCCAACGUGGGAGUCACUAAAGCUAAAACAGGAGGGGCUGUGGAGCGCCUGACCGAUACCAGCAAGUACACGGGCUCCCACAAGGAGCGCUUUGAUGAAAGCGGCAAAGGAAAGGGCAUCGCUGGGCGACAAGACAUCCUGGACGAUAGCGGCUAUGUCAGUGCCUACAAGCAUGCGGGAACCUAUGACUCCAAGGUGAAAAAGUGAGGCCCAGGCAGCUGCCUCCCCCCUCCCUGAGGGGCCAGGAACGGUGGGGGAGGAAGGGCGCUGACCGCCUCCCUCCCGCCUGGGUGGCCAUGUCCCGCCCCCACACACCCCAUGCUGCCCUGACAUGUGCCCUGUGCCUUCAACUUCCUGCCCAGGUGUGGGAUGCCCCUUAGGCCUGCCAGGGCCCUAACCCAGGCUGGUCCCAUCACUCCUUCCUCACUAACCUGGGCAAAGCAUGGGGCCCAGGCCCCGUAUUAAGGAUUCCCGGCCCAACGGGAGAUGACUGGCCUGUCUGCCCCAUCCGCUCACCCCAUAUUUAAACUGCUGACCCCGGAUCAGUACCUGCUCUGUACUCAGAACCCAAUAAAGGAAACCUUUUGUACUCACA